GUAUUGUGCGCAGCGAUUUUCUUUUUAUUUAUUUUUGACUUUUAAAAUACGUACAACAAUUACCUAAAAUGGUUUUAUUACAAAUAUUUUUAAUUAGUAUAAACUCAAUAAACUGUACGCUGCGAUCCAUCCGCAAAUCCGGUAUCGAAAUCGUAACGAAACAAAGUCAGACCGUCAACACAGUCCUUAACGCGAUGGGUGUUAGUCCAGCAAGUCAAAAAUGCUGUGAUCAUAUACUUGUAUUCGUUAUACGAAGAGCGGAGAGCGGAGAGUAAUAAAUGCCAAUAAUAACAGCAUUGCUUAUUUAGUAGUUCACAAAAUGCUUAAUACGAAUUCGCCCAACGUUGAGCCGAAAGUAAAGGAACUGCUUUUGGAAAGGAGGCACUCAAUUAGCUUAGAAGUGUCUAAAAAACGACGUCAAAGUGUGGCAUCAAGCAUUUUCAUACCUAAGGAUUAUUUACAUUCCGAGAUGCGGAUUAAGGCAGUUUCUGAAUCAGAAAACGAAUCUGUACCUCUCUCGAGAAAUAAGAAGCGCCUUGCUGGGUCAAUAAAUAAGAGAAGAAAUAUAAAUCGCGUAAUGUUAAAAAAGAAAUUGAAACGUGCAAAAAUUUCGAACAAAAAUAAUAAUGUUGCAAAAUUUCCAACAAGUCCGAUAUCACUAAAGCAUCCUGAAAGUUAUCCAAUCGUUAAGCAAACUGUUUCUAGUGAGAAAAUACGUUGUGUUGUUGAAAGUUUACGGGACAGCAACGAGCGACAAAAUUCAAUGUAUUCCACAGCUGCAAAGAAUUUUGAAACAAGUGAAUCGCUUUUUAAAAUGGAUUUAUUUGAAACAAAUGAGUUCGCAAAAGAACAAAAGCAGUUACAUAAUAUAAAGCCGGAGCAAGGAAAGGAAGAAGAAAGGGAAAAACUGCAACAGUUUCAAAUUUCACCAAAUGUAUUCCCCCAAGUAAAAGAAAAUAAUGAAGCUGGGUCCGAAACUUCGGUUAUUAAUGACGAGGCACAAUCACUUAACCCACAGAUAAAUUACAGCUCUACAAACAGGGUAGAAAACUUUGUUAUAUUGGUGGACUCAAGCGGAGCUCAUGUUGAGAUCAAAUAUGCCGGCCAUCCAUCACCACUCCCCAAUGAAAACGAAAAGCUGCAACAUUCCGCUGAUGUGGAAGGAGACAAUACAGCAGAUGAUGCAUCGCUCGAAGAAACGAAGAGGCAAUACGAGGACCGUGGCUAUUUCGAAAACUGUACAUCGACUGCCACAAAAAAAAUGGUUAACUCUCGAAAACAAGUAGAAAAUAUUUAUGUUAACACUGAUGACAUAUCAAGACCAAACUCGACACCAAGCAAUCAAGAGGACAUUAUAGAUUUAAGCAUAAAAGAAACGGCCGCAGCAACCAAAUCAGUUCCAGUUGUUUACCGACCAUCUAAUGCUGAACUUAUUUACGGAUCUACAAUAAUAAAGGGAAUUAAUCUAAUGACCCAAAAUACACAAUCAACUGACCAUGGACCGGAUACAUAUUUACACCCAGAAAAACAAACAAGGCUGCCAUGUCGUCAAAAGUUGCUUGAUCAGAUUCGUUCUUUUGCCAAGAAUCCAUCAUCUUCCAUUUCUCCAGCCUGCUGUAAAAGUCAUAAUUCAAAAGAGAGGUCCAAAUUAUCCGCAGGCCCUCAUAAAAAAAAAUUGCAUUCACUAAAUAAAUCGCAAGUAGUGCCGUUUCACAACCAUUCUUUCAUCCAACAAAGUGCGCAGUUGGAAACACUCCCAAUCAGUCCAAGGAAUCAACAAUGGAUACCAAUACCGCCGAGGGUAAAUUUUCCUAGCUAUAACCAACAGUACGGUCUGCGAAGUGGAGACGUAACAGAAACUACCGAGAUUUUUUCCAAUACCCCUGCAAAUUCGAUGUCGCACAAAUUAACUUAUUCUGCUAAUGAAAAUAUAGUUUAUCCACCGACUCAGCAUUUCCAAAAUCAACUACCACAAAUACUUGAUGAUACGCAACAACUCCAGAAAUUCAAUUCAGGUAGCUUUUUACCCCACAAUUUCAAUCAAUUGCGACAAAGCCACCAAUUUAAACAACUUCACCAACAUCCACUCUCCCAACAGUCUUAUAAUUACAUGGAGCAAAAUCAACUUGCCUAUUCCUAUCAAAUGAGUAAUCAUCUUGACCUGCCUAGACAAUUUUAUCACCCACUCCACCAAUGCUUUCUCUCUAAUCCCAAUCCGUCUAGAUCAACGUCAGCUCCGUCUAUUCACACCGCCGGAUUUGAGCCAAUAGAAACGUGGCGAUACCCCAGCAGGCCAAAUAUGCCACCUCCACCUCCAGUUCAGUCUGUAGAACCAGAGCAAAACUAUCUACCACCGACACCUCCCACAAUUGAUCGUUGCUUUCCCCAGCAACAGUUAAAUCCUGCUGGCUUCCCAUUUCCAUCACCGAACUGGACGAAUACGCUUUAUAAUUGUCCAUCACUCCCCUCAAAAUCGCCAUCCUGUUGGAAUAUUCCACCUCAUACAUACUCAAUUCAACCAAAAUUGCCUUCUGAAAUAGAACUUUUAAGUCGUCUAAAAGGUUCCACUUUCGCAGCGAACUCAAUGAAUUCAUUAACACACCAUACGCACAACAGCCUCUGGCCCUCCACUCAUUUACAUAAGCAAGUGCCAUCGCAUUUCCAUUUGAAUUACAUAUAGUCCCAAUAUUUCUUUGAUAGGUACAUUCAUACAUUAGGAUCAAGUUCGAAUAAAUUCUUGUAGAUUUAUUGCCGGUAAUUGAGCUAAAGAAUGAAGGAAAUAAUCAGUGCAAAGAGUCCGGAUCAGAGAUCUGCAUGCAGUGUUAUUUUGACGGCUUUGAAUAUACCUAAAAAUGAAAUGCGGUAUAAGUAUGGCCGGCAGCGCCAGUUAUGCGAUCAUUGUACCCACCGCAUCGCUUCAUCUUGCCGUGUUCUUGCAUUCGGUGGCAUGUAUGGCCACUCAACGCAACACCGCAUUUGUAUGCUAUAACUCAAUACAAACAAUAGCAGUCAGAAAUUUUACCCCUUCCGCAAUUUCUCGGAACAAAAUAUGUAACACAAUUUGAGUGUUUGUUUUAAACCCCUUAACCUAAAUUAUUGAUGAUGCGGUGGUGUUGAUCAGAAGUCAGAAGUCUUAUCUUUACAUUCCUAUCAUAAAAAUUUUGAUAAAACAUAUGCGAAUAUUUAAUGAAAGAAUUAUGAAUAUUAUUUAGACUAUUUUUUUAAUAAAAUUAAAUAAAUAUACAUAUAAGUACCUGCUUUUAAAAUACAAUAUGUAUAUGCUACAUAAUAAAAUUAAAUAAAAAUAUAUGUUUUAUAAGUGAA